AUGCCAGCGAGUCAAGACAAACAGCUAGAGACCGUCCUUGAUCAGGCAAUAGCAAGCUGGGAUGUCCAAGAACUGGAUGUUUUCCUGCAGAGAGAGAUUAGUGAAAGUACUGAUGUAAAAUGCUCUCAGCAGUUUCUCACCAAACUGAACAAAUUUAUCAGCAGGAGCUUGGAUCAGAAUGAUGCAAGAUCAGCCAGUUUGGGUCUAAGUAUCCUGGAGAAGUUUGGGAAAAACCUGAAACUUCCUGGAGGUGAAGGGCUACCUGGAUUAAUAGCUCAAGGUUUGAUAAAAAAGAUGGUGCAGUGGUUUGAGAAAUGCAGGCAGCUGUGGAUCAAGUCUGGCACCCAGAGGAAUGAAACCUUGCUCAAUUUGUCUGAGGGCUUUUUUGAUGCUUUAAUGGUCAUUCAUGAAGGGUGCAGUGAAGGAACAUAUGAGGUUACAGAAUCCUUCCUUUAUCGUGCUGGUCAUCUUGCAGUUGACCCCAGAAUCUACAUCUUGAUUCAGAAGGAGGCAAUUCGCAAAUUCAACAUAAUUUUGGACAAAAUCCCAGCAAAACUUAAGAAAGACAGAAAAAUCCUAACAUCACAAGAGGCCUCAGAUGUAAUGGUUAGGAUUGCUAAUCACAUCCUGGAUGGUGGUGAUUAUGACUUGCAGACAGCCCUGAUGGAAGCAUUGUGCAGAAUGGCCAAUUCUGAGCAGAGAAAACAGCUUGCAGAUCGCUGGUUCUCCAUGGAGCAUGUGACCAGAGCCUUUAUCAAGAUCAGGGAUUCUGAUUUUGAGACGGAUUGUCGGAAGUUUCUGAACUUGGUGAAUGGGAUCAGAGGAGAUAAAAGAAGAGUGUAUUCAUACCCAUCUUUGGAGGUUUUUCUGGGCAAAUAUGAGCUGCUGAUGCCUGCAGAUGAGAAGCUGGAAGAAUUCUGGAUCGACUUCAACUUUGGCAGCAACAGCAUAUCUUUUUACUUCUCUUUGGCUGAUGAAGAGGCUCCGGAAAGCCAGUGGGAAACGAUAUGCAUAAAUGAGAAUGAAGUCCAAAGCUACACUGUUACUGAGGAGAACAAGAGGAAAGUCUUGACAUUAAAUUUGUCAGAGGACGUAGUUGUGGGCACAGUUGCAGGAUCCACUCUUGUCAUCCACUUCAGCUCCAGUCUGGAUAUCCUCAGUGUUGUUCAUAGUGUGUAUGGAGUCACCAAAAACAAGGGAUUUGUUGGAAAGACUGGAAUAUCUGUUGUGAAGAAUGCAGUCAAAGUUAUAGUGGAAGACAACAGCUGCCAGGUUGUUCCUGAGAGUCAGUUGUCUCUUGGUGAAAGUGAGAAAAAUGCUGCCCCUCACUGUUUGCCUGCCCCACCUGCACAUGCUCAGAUAAAGACUCCUGUUUCAUCGAGGAUGUCGGUGUCCUCCAACUAUAUCAGCAGCAGCAGAGGAGGGAGUGUGCAUGGCUCUAGUUCUGUCUGUGUUUUUCUGCCUCCAAGCAAAGAUAAAGGAAAGCCCUCUUUGGAGAUGGUUGGUUCUACAAAAAAGCAUGAGGAAUAUUGCUUUGGAGAGUUAAGAACAACUUCUAAGACAAGCAGUCAUUGCACAACACCCAGCAGUACAGUGACAAAGAGCAUGACAGUGCAGAGCGCAGCUUCCAAAAAUGUCACGAAGACGGAGGCUGUCAAACACCAAAAGAACAAACCUUUGGCAAAAGUAGUAGAUAUGGUUGUAACUGGACGAGGUGAUGAACAGGAGUCUCUUGAAGAAACUUUUGUGCCUGAUACUCAACCUAAAACUGGCAGAAACAUAUCCUCACAUUGGAAGAAAUGUUCUGUUUCUGAAAUGCUAAUGAUGCCCACACAGAAAAUCAGCACUCUGCCAGUGUCUCCGUUAUCUGAGUCCUGUUCAAGUUUGGCCCAACAGCAGGCAUGCCCUCCCUCAGCACGGCAGCCAUCAGUUCCAGCCUCAGGCCCAAUCAACCAAAAGCAGUUUCAUGCAGAAGUCACCCAGUCCCUGCAGGGGUUACUAACUGAGAAGAACCAAGCACCAGGGCCUCAAGAGUUUGUGCGACAGAAGACAAAAAUAUCUGACACCAGCCUGGACUUUAAAGGUAGGAGCUCUGCAGAUCAGAGUGGUUCUGAAUUGUGUGCUCCCAAACAGCACAAGUCCCAGAGAAAUCACCUGAACAGACAAAAGAAAAAAGGGAAGACAUUAGGAGAGGCAGAUGCUGUUCAGAUGAAAACUUCGGUCAAGGCCACCCUAACCGGUGGCCUGCAGAUGGUAACACCCACCCGCCCCAUUGAAGCUAACAAGGCCCUCUCAAGCAAGGAGAAGAGAGAUGCACAGGUUGCAGGUAGCAUGGUCAGGGUCAUCUCGAGCCACUAUGAGGUUAACGCUCAAUGCACAACACAGGUUAACGCAGAUAAAAUUCCCCAGUCCUGGAUUUGUCCAGUUAUUAACAGGCCCAUCUUUAAUAUGAACUGGUUGCCAGCUUAUAGAGGAAAAGUAUCUGGAGGUAAAGACUUACUAAAAUCCCAUAGCAAAACCACAACCAAAUCAUCAAGGCAGAGUAAGGAUAUUUUUGCAUUCAGCACAGAAGAAUCACAGCAUAUUGGGGAAAAGGACAAAACUUUCAAUACUACAUCUGCUACAUGUAAAAGCAGUGCCAUCGAUGACUCCUCAUCACUCAUCAGUACAACCAAGAAAAAACAGCAACCUGUGGCAAAAGAGAAGCAAUAUGUGAAGAAGCAUCUCUUCAGUGACACAGACACAGAUCAGGCCGUGACUGAAAUCAGCUGGUUGAGGGAGUCGAGCAGAAAACCCAAACCCAGAGUUACCAAGUACCCCAGGCAGGCACCAGCCAAGCCUAAAGCUGUGUCACCACACACAUCAUGGGAUUCUUCCAAUUUACCACCACCCUCUCCAAAACCAGUAAACCGGAAUAACAAAACCAGUAAGGCCCCUGUGAAGUAUGGAGGAAAGCAGUCAGCGAAGAGCGUAAAGCCAGCAGCAACAACUAACAAAAAACCAGCAGCAGCAGCAGCAGGCAGGAGGCCCCAGAGAGCCGCAGCUAAUACCAUCAAGAAUUACAAAGAGCCAGAAACUGAUGGCAGCAACUCAGAGUCAGAACAGCAUCCUCCCAAGCAGGAAGGAACUGAGAAAAUACAUGGUGCUGCUCAAGAAAGAAAAAAAAUUGCAAGCAAACAACCAAGAAAGAACAAUUCAACACCAGAGAGUAACCACCAUCACUUCAUGCAAGAACUGGGGUCUAAACAGGCAAACGUUUCAAAGCUGAAGCCUGAGAAUGUUCUUCAAGAAACAACCCAAAAAAUCCAAAAACCCACAAAGAAAAAUGUCACCCCUGCCCAGGAGCAGACAAAUGCAUUGAAGGAUUCCUGGGCUGCUUGCCAAGCCUCUUCCUCUUCAUCCCCUCCUUUCAUCGAGAAGAUGAGAUCUGCUGAGAGGUCAGCCCCAACCUUGGAUUUGACCUGCUCACCUCUUCUCACCCCGCGGGGAUCCCCACUCCCCGCCUCCCCCAACUCUGUCUGCCUGGACACCCCCUCUCCAGUCCUGCUGCUACCCAAACCUUGCUCUGCAGUCGGCAGUACAGGAGGUUUCAGACCAGCCUCUCUCUACAGUUCAGAGAAGAAGCAAAGCAUGUCCAAGACUCGGUCCAUCCAAUCUGUCCCCUCUCUCCCUUCACUGAUGGGUAAAGGUUACCACCGUGAACCUUGUGCACCUUCAAGGCCCAGUACAGCAGAGAUGAGCCCAGUCCUAAAUCACCCAUCCUCCUCAGCCUCUCACUCUCCUUUGUCUCUGCCCACUCGUCCCCUGUUGACAUCCACUCUCCUCGAUCAGGUCAAACCUCAAAGCCCUCCUCAGUCACCAAUUCCAGAGGAUGACAUCAGCUGUGGCUCUGAUUACGGCUUCAGUGAAGUGUCACCUGUUUCUCAGGUUUCGCUGAAUCAUUCGUCCAUUAAGUCAUCAGUGGUCAUGAGUCAAGUUAAGAACAACAGCACUGCUGUGGUUAAGUCUGAGAAAACGCCUCAUUCAGACCAAGACCCUAAGUCUGCAGAGACACAUGUGUCGGGGCCCAGUCGGAAGCGACACAUCUCAUACUCCUCGUCUAGCAAUUCUGAGGAAAAUGAACAGAAACAGAGGAAGAAAAGUAAGAUGAGAGAACGGCGUCAUCCUCGGAUGAAACCAAGGACAUUGUUCAAGUCUCUCGCUGAAGAUUCUACUGACGGCGCAGUAAUGCGUCAGGUGAUUUCUUCCACCUAUACUGUGAGGGACCCUGAGGCUGGAGAUGUAGAAGUGGACAUGGAUGAGGAUUUGGAGCUCCCACAAACCACUGCAAAGCCAAGUGACAUGUGUCGUCAGUUCAGCACUCAGCUCAAGAGGAAGUUCCAGAAUCGUUAUAAGAUGGUAGAGGUUUACAACAAACAGUCUUUGAAGAGCAUCCAGCAACAUGUCGCUGCAAUUGACACAGAAGUUACCAAAUACAGGACUCAGCAGCUUGAACAGGUGCAGAAGGUCCUUUUGGAGGAGAUCCACAAACUGGAGCAGGCUGACUCUGUUCUGAAAAACAUGGAGACAGACCUCAACAUAUGCUGGAAAAAGCAGGCCAUGGCUUUCCAUUCUUACCAACAGCAGGAAAAAAGGAGAAAUGAGACGCUCCGAAAAACCCUUCAGAAUAAUGUGUGUCACAGCGUGGAGUAUGAGGAGAAAAUAUUCGUAUCCCAGAUGUGUCUGAUAAGAAAAGACAUGAAGUCAGUUCAGGACAGACUCCUCGCUGAGAUGCAAGAGGGAGAGAUCCAGAGUGUGAAGAGAGGCCUGCACGCCUUGUUUUUUCCUGAUGGAGCUGGUUUUUGAGCUGAACAUUUCCACCCAGUUAUCACCCCUCUGUAAGGAAGGUUACGUAUUGCAUUACACAACUGAAGCACACCAAGUAUUGGAAUGAACCAUUCAUUUGUCCAUGUUGUGCUUUUAUUAUUUUUUAGAAUGUGUUCUGCUUAUUCUCACACUGCUGUUUGUUAUAUGAGCAGUGUUAAGUUAUUCUGAUAUUACUGAUGCUAGUGUUAACUUAAUCUCAUAUUACCGAUAAUAUUCAGUUUGACUGUUCUAAUUUUAUGUGAUCAUUUUUUUGUGUCUUUAAUUGUUAUAGCAGCUCUAUGUGAU